AUAGGUUUUUGUAUGCACAGUGGUUAUUCUGCAAGUUGUUAUCAUGUUCUUUGCUACUUUCUUUGUAUUAUUUGCCCUGGCUUACGGUGAAAAAUGUGUCCCCAUCUGUAGGCCUACUUGUGCCGUCCCCAACCCUCAAGGCUGCCGACCUCCAAGUCCAAAGGACCCAAAUGCAUGUCCAGACGGGUUUGUUUUAACCGAAAAAGGAGGAAAUUGCACAUAUAUUGAGUCAUGUCCAGAAAACCAAGGUUGCAAUGGCGACCCCAAUGCGAUCAUAAGACGGUGUCCAUCGCCCUGCCCAUCCACUUGUGAUGCGCCUAAUUCAAAGCUGGCGAAUUGUAAGAAAGAAUGCCAAUUGGGUUGUGAAUGCAAGGAUGGAUACAUUCGGAAAGAAGAGAACGGACCGUGCAUCUUACCCGAUGACUGUCCAUGUGGCAACCCUUGUAACCGGCCCAAUGAGGAAUACUCAUCGUGUACAGUAUCGUGCACGCCUACAUUCUGCCCAACGGAUGACGUACAAAGAAUCACCAUUUGCGACUUCCCAUCGCCAUGCGACUCUGGCUGCGUCUGCAAACUCAACUAUAGAAGGUUAAGCACCUGUAAUGACACUUGCAUCCUAGCAGAGGAUUGUCCUCCAGUUGAGUGCACCAGGCCGAAUGAGGUGUUCUUCGGGUGCCGUCCAUUUUGUCCAAGAGAACAUUGCUCUUUCGUCGGCCAAUAUUGCUCACCGCCUUUCGUAAGGACUUGCGAUCCUCGGUGCACUUGCAAAGAUGGCUACUACAAAAACGAUAAGGAUGUGUGCGUGCCGGAGUGCGAAUGUUUUAACGCCAGCAGACAUGCGCAAGUCAUAACUAUUUAUCGACAGCCAAGACGGAGGUGUGAAAUAGGUUUCAAAAGUUUUGGCACCAUGUUAUUAUUAAUAUUUUCUCUGUUAAUAGCAGGCACGAUAGCCGAUUCACCGAAAGCAGCAUCAUGUCCCCUGAAAUGCAAAUCAACCUGCCUAAAUCCAAAUCCCAAGAGCUGCAGCCGCUCCUACCCUAACUGCAACUGUAAAAGAGGAACGAUCUGGUCAUCGGAUGGGAGCAAGUGCAUUCCUAUAAGCGAAUGUCCAUAUGGCCCCAGCUGCAAUGGUGAUCGCAACGCCCACGUUAUGGAAAAACCGCCGGCUUGCCCAUCGACAUGUGACAUCCCAAAUGGUGCGCCUCUUUGUAAGAAAUUGGGAUUGGCUGUCGGCUGUGUCUGCAACAACGGAUACAUCUUGAAUAGUAAAGGAAACUGCAUCAACCCCGACAAGUGCCCAUGUGGUAAUCCAUGCGGUGUCAACGGGACGUUUGUGUCAUGCAAUGCCAACUGCCCUAACGAUUUUUGCCCCGUGAAUGACAGUCGGGGCGUCAUUGCUUGCGAUCCUCCUUAUCCUUGCCCUUCUGGAUGCGCCUGCAAACACAAUUAUCAGUAUAGGAGCGAAAAGGAUCGAACGUGCAUUCUGGGACAGGAAUGUCCUCCAUUAAACUGCACCAGACCCAACGAGGAGUGGAAUAUCUGCCCUUCACUUUGUUUCGACGAAAGCUGCAGCGCCUUCAACAGUCCACCUCCCGUUUGCGACACAUUCCCUCUUCCAGAGUGCUUUCCAAAAUGCACCUGCAAGCCUGGCUUUGCCAGGGAUGAAAACGACGUUUGCAUUCCUGGGGAAGAAUGUCCAACCUGUCCUCUGGAAUGCAAAUCAACCUGCCUAAAUCCUAACCCCAAGAGUUGCAGCAGCAGCUUCUACUCAGACUGCAACUGUAAAGAGGGGACAAUCUGGUCAUCAGAUGGCAGCGAGUGCAUUUCUAUAAGCGAAUGUCCAUAUGGCCCACCCUGCAAUGGUGAUCCCAACGCCUACGUUAUGGAAAAACCACCGGCUUGCCCAUCGACAUGUGACAGCCCAAAUGGUUCGCCUCAUUGCAAGAGUUUAGGAUUGGUUGUCGGUUGUGCCUGCAAGAAUGGAUACAUCUUGAAUAGUGAAGGAACCUGCAUCGACCCAUACAAGUGCCCAGGUGGCAAUCCAUGCGGUGUCAAUGGGACAUUUGUGUCAUGCAGUAUUAGUUGCCCUGACGAAUUUUGUCCCGUGGACGAUAUUCGGGCUAUGAUUGCUUGUGAUCCUCCCUACCCCUGCCCUUCUGGAUGCGUCUGCAAAUACAAGUAUCAGUUUAGAAGCCAAGAGGAUAGAACGUGCAUUUUGGCACAGGAAUGUCCUCCAGUGAAAUGCACCAGACCCAACGAGGAGUGGAAUAGCUGCCCUUCACCUUGUUUCGACGAAAGCUGCAGCGCCUUCAACAGUCCACCUCCUGUGUGCAACACCCUCGUAGAGCCAGAGUGCUAUCCGCAAUGCACCUGCAAGCCUGGCUACGCCAGGGAUGAAAACGACGUUUGCAUUCCUGGGGAACAAUGUCCUCAAAACUGCGGCGGGUCGUUACCCCAAUGAAAUUUAAAAUUCCAAUUAAAACUAUAAGCGUUUUUAUUUAAAUUAUUUUUCCCAGUUGAUUCAUUGAUUACUGUAUUAAACCGUGGAUGUUAAUAAAUUAUUCAUUGAUGAAUCAUUUUGUUAAUGAAUUACUUGGAAACAAACUAUUUGCUUUUAUCAUGAUGUCAAUAAAACGAUUAAUCUA